AUGCCACGCGUCAAGCAGAAAACCAAAGAAGAUAAUCUCACCCGUGUCCGCAACAACCAGCGUCGCUGCAGACAGCGAAAAAGAGAUUAUGUAUCGGAACUAGAGCGGAGACUUGCAUCCAUCGAGGACACUACUUCUCGAGAGAUACGGAGACUGCAGUCUAUUACGGAUGAGCUUCGCCAAGAUAAUGAGAGGUUGACAGCGUUACUCUAUGCAGGGGGCGCUGAUUCCAGUUUUAUUAGACCUAACAGACAGACGGAGAGCGAGAACAACGCAUUAAGAGAUAUGACCAGUGAUCUCGUCCCCUUUGGGGAUAGACCUCUCUUGGGGCCUACAGAGAGCACAAUUCUAGAAGAUAUUCCCCAAUUCGGCUUCGAUCCACCAGUAUCCAUAUCUCCCAAUAAGCUCAAAGAUUUCCUCCAGGAUACUAGCUGUCUCCCAACCCUUCCUGAAAUCGAGCCUGAUUCGGAAUCCUUACUUCUACCGGAGCAGGAUGUAAUAGACACAACUCUAAGCACAAAUGUAUCGAGGAACGAGUACCAAGAUACAACCGUGUGUGCUGUGGCCCUGGAGCUAGUUAUGAAUUACAACACAAAGAAUCUAAGCAUUUCGGAGCUUGAUAUGCGGCUACGAUGCGGGUAUAGAAGCGCGCGGUUUCAAUGGGAAGGCUGCAGGGUCGAUAAUCAGGUUUUGUUCGCUGUGCUUGCUGAGGUUACGAGAUGA